UGAGUCUGUAGAGACUCCUUUUCUAACCCCAGAAAAAAGCAACCAGGGGAGAGAAAUCCAACCGGGGGUGAUACUCUGGAGAGGAGAUGCAGAGGCAACAUGACAGACGGGCUAGCAAGAACAGAAACCACUUCAUUGAACACAAAAACCGAAGCAGAAGUAGCUCAGAGAGAAGAGUUGGAAGGCAUGAGGUGUGGUCCUGGAAAACAGCCAGCAAGGAAUCCCUGUGUCUCAUGUGGCAAAAAGUGAAAGUGCAGCUAAUGUUAAGCAUGUCCUUCCUCACUGCUCUUUUUUGGUAUUGUAGAAGGCUCUACAGCUUUUUAGCACAGCUGCUGAAACGGUGGAGCAACUACCUUCAGAGGCAACUCAUAAGGAAUCUCAGUGUGCUGCCAGAAGUUGAUCUACUUGGUUAUAGUGCAAGAGAAUGGAAAGGAGAAACAAAGCAGGCCAAACAGAUGAGGGAGGCAUAUGAAGAAUUGUUUAGGAGCUGUCAUAUCAAAUACCUGAGACAAGUCAGGAGGGACAACUACAGUGUAAUAAGAGCGGUGCUUUUUCAGAUAUUCAGCCAAGGCAUUCCUUUUCCUUCGUGGAUGAAGGAAAGAGAUAUAUUGAAGCUCCCUGAAAAGCUUUUGUAUUCUCAAGGUUGUAACUGGAUUCAGCAAUACAGUUUUGGGCCAGAAAGAUACACAGGUCCCAAUGCCUUUGGGAAGCUGCGCAAAUGUAUGGAGGCCUUAAAGACAAACUGGGCUGAAAUAAGUGCUACAAGAGAUCAUGAAGAAAGAGGAAGCAUGUGUAAUACACUAUUUUCUGAUGAAAGCAAGGAAUACAAACUUUAUGAGGCCAUAAAAUUCAUCAUGCUCUAUGAAGUUGUCGAAGCCUAUGAGCAGAUAAAGAGCAGGGACAAACCCGUGCACAACCUUUUUAGCCUUCUCUUUGCUCGUGACUCUUCGUCUGACCCUCUGAGUUUCAUGAUGAAUCAUCUGAACUCCAUAGGUGACUCUAUUUGCUUAGACCAGGUUGACCUGUUUCUUCUUGGAUACUUACUUGAAGUAAAGAUACGAGUUUACAGACUGCAUAGGUUUAAUACAGAGGAAUUUCAAGUAAAGUAUCCAGAUGAAUACCGAAGGGAAUGGAAUGAGAUUUCUCUUCUGACUGAGGAUGACCACUACUAUCACAUCCCCCUUUUCAGAACGUGAAGGACCAGUGAAGUUGUUUUUUUUCCUUUGUAUAGUAUAGUGAAUGACCAGUUCCAGUGAAUUAGGUUUCUAAUCAGCAGCAGUAAAAUCUUAAGAAUGCUCAUUAAUGAUUACAAAAUGGUUUAUGGGUUUAUUGUGUAAACAUUUUGCUUUCCCAUUGCAGCUCAGUUCACCAUCAGUCAGCCAUAAAAACCAUAAAAAAUAUAUAUAUAUUGCUAUAUUGUCUGGGGCAAAAAAAUGUGAUGUUUGAGGGCUGUCAGACAAAAAAAAUUGGACUGCCUGACAACAAAGGCAAAGGUUAUGCUGGGUUUUCCAUUGCUAGCCUAAGGGUUUACUCUGACAUCCAUGGAUGGGUUAAACUCAAGUGCCUAAAGCAAUGACUACCUUUCCCUACUCCUGACUGUUUCUAGCUGGGUAGGAUGACUCACAGAGGAGGGAAAUCCCAGGAUCCCACAGUUUAUAUUCCAUGCUAUUUAGCUUGCAUUGGAUGGGAGGAGAUAAACUGGGGUCUCUGCAUGGCUGCUUGAAAUCCACUUGGAUUCCCUUGUUGCUGGAGCACCUCUCUCCAGGGAUGGGCACAGCAAGCAGCAGCAGGUUGCUCUUAAGUUCAGACAUGGUAAACGGAGCUGUCUGCACCCAGUGGUGCUCCCUGAAGGAGAAGAGAUAUUCAAAAGUUACACAGGGGGAAGAAUCAGCACCUAGGAAUACUGUGCCAGAUGAAUGGAAGAUGUUCUGUGUAAGUGAGGAAAGUACAUUGCUUUCUCCAAGUUAAAAAGGGCAGCGUUAAUAGGUAACACCCUACAGAGCCACAGCCAGUGGCUGUGUAUGGCUUUGGUCAACUUGUAAAUCCUUUAGGGGCUGAUUUCAACAUUACCUGCUACGAUUUCCUUUGCAAUUCAUCUGACAAAGCUGUGCAUGGAAUACAAGUCAAAACACUGCGUUUUCAGAAAAUAUUAUUUUUUUAAUGCAUUAUAUGAAUUCAGCAGUGUUGCAUAUAUAUUUUAUCCUCUGAUUAUGUAUUAAUCUCCUUGCCUAAGAUUGAUAUAUUUAAUUUAGACCUCUGUGUUUGAAGAAGUCUGUCCAGGACGAGUAAAUGAGAUUUACCCUCCUACAUGGAACAUUUUGCUCCGUUCUGUUUUCUAAAAGAAUCAAUGUGUUUUGAUUAUUUCAAAAUAAGGGUCUUUAACUUGAAGAAGUAUUAGAUCUCACAAAAUAUUUGUGAAAAGCUUACAAUGCCACAGGCUAAUGGUUAUAUUGAAGAGGGUGGGAUUUAUUAAGAAACAAAGCCUCUCCUUUCCUUAUCCUAGAGAUAUAGAGGGACAGGAAGAUUUGUUUUAUUAAACCUGCAGGAUAAAAUGCAAGCCCAUAGCAGAAAUGGGAACAGGGCCUGCAGGAGCCAAAGCCAGCUGCAUGAAGUAUCUUCAUGGUAAUGCUUGGAGUUAGUGGAGUGUGCUCAGUUCCUUUGUGUAAAGAAAAGCUAUUUUAUCCCUUAUGCUCCUUUUAUUUGUGUGUAUGUGUAUAUAUUUAUAUUUAUAAAUACAAACACCUGAGUUCUCUAUUGUAGCUGUUUUGUUUUCUGAAAGUUUGAGUUCAGUUUUGUUAAAUGAUUUGUAGAUUUUAAUUAAGAAGGCUUUAUAGCUGUAAUAACUUCAUCUCAUCAAAACCUGCAUAGCAAGUACUUUUAUUUAUUAAAAGAAAGUUUUCUCACUGAAUGAAAUAAUUUUCUUAUUUUAGAUUUGGUUCUGCUCUGCAUGGGGAAAAGUUAUAAUACUUAAGUGUAGAGUAUUAUUAUCUAUUUUGCAUCAACAGUAACAUUGACAGUUAUCAAUAAACUUGUCUAUAUUUUAUUCUUGUUUUGGAACAAACAGACAUACCAUAAAUAAGUAUGUAUUUUUGUAGUGGGCUUUUUAAUGAUUUGCAUAUUAUUUGUGUUUAGGAAUACAAAAGUGUUCCAGCUGAAAGUGCUAACUUGUGAAAAUGUACAUUUUUGUGAUCUUGAGCAUAUUAAUAGCAGGGAAUUAAUAAAAAUCUAAAACAGACAGUGGAA